AUGCCCAUAGCCUUCAAUCAUGGCAGGAGGCGUUUCAACACCCAAUCCCCACCGUUCGGCGGUUCGAACAAGACCUCCGUCGCGACGUUGCCAGCAACAAGGACAAGUUGCGUUCUCUUGUCGGAGCUUCUAGGCACCGCGCAGACUAUUGUCGAAAUGAACGACGAGAUCCAGGAGGUCGAGACGAAGCUAUCCAACAUUAGUAGGAGAUGCAAUCCCCGGCUGGUCGAGAAGAAGUUGGAUGUCGCUGUUAUAGAUGAAGGUGAAGAUGAGAGAGCAAUUGCCGCGCAACUGGCCCUGCUGCAUAGAUGCAUAUCCGCCGGUUAUAGAUUGUUCCGGAAACAUAGUUCGAACCUCUUGAUCGCAAAGCUCCUGGUGAUAUCGCGACUUCUUCACAAGACCCUUUCUCAAAACAGUCGUGCUCCCAUCUUCCUUGAAAACCUCCGAAGUCAGUUGGCGGCUCUCCGUCGCAGCCUACUCAAACGCAUCGAAUGCAGGCUAGCCUGUCCCAAGUAUUCAACCCUAGAAAUAAUCGAGACAAUGUCAGCUUAUUGCCUAGCGACCAGUUCCUCUCCUACUGAUGUACUACGUCAUUUUCAACAAGUCCGUUUCGAAGCGCUACAGUCCAUGCUCUUGCGAGAAGACCCAAACUUCAUAAAUAUUGAAAAGAGCUUGAAGCUUUUUAUUCAGACCUUACAAAACGCGUCAAAGCUAGUCUCCGGCAGUCUAUCGGAUGCGCUUAGAAAACUAACCGCUCUCCCAAUCCUCGAUGACGUUGAGGACUGGUCGAAACAGGCGUUUGGAACGGUCGCUAGCGGGUUGAGCACGAGUUUAGAGCGAUCUCAGAAUUUGAAGGAGGUCUUACUGCUUCGCAGAAACCUAUUGGACAUUUGGUUACCAGUCCAAAGCUCCACGGCAUGCCAUUCAUCGGUGGAGAUACUUCAGGGCAUCCGUGGCACCGUGAACAAACAGCUUAUUUCCACUCUUCACGCGCAAGCUAAGGGAUUGACUUUGGUUGGGCUUGAGAUCUUAUCCACAAUUACUAGCUGGAGUGAGAUUGAAGAGCAAAUCCCCACUCCAUCACUCUGGGAUCUGGAUAUUGUGUUCCUGGAUUUUUCAGGAGGAGCCACUAACUUCAAACACGAGAUCAUUAACAGGUCUCGAGGCAGAGAUAUGAAUGUACUGAGGAUAUCGAGAUCCUAUACUACUUGGCUGUCUGGUAUUGAACAAUGCAAUGACCUGAUCGACGAGCUCAAAAAGAUCAGAUGGGAGGAUAUCAUUGAAGACGAAGAAGAUGAAGAGGUUCUGCAAAAAACCGUUCGGAUUUUGAACAAGGAUGACCCCGACCUUCUCCAGAAGGAAUACGAAGCGACCUUGAUUAACAGUUUCGAAGCGCUACAAACAUCGCUACACAGCGCCCUAGAGAACAUGACCGGGUCGCACUGUGGGAGACAGGCAGCUUUUAUACUACGAGUUAUUCGAGAAAUUCGAGAGCGUAUCCCCAGGUCACUUUCUGCUCAAGAUCACUUAUUUGCUGAUGACCUUGUUCCAAAAUUACACGACAUACUAGCUGCUGAGGUGAGCUCUCAAGUUUCGCCUUAUGCUAUCAUCCGAGCUCUUGGGAAGCCUCAGGGAGCAGGAUGUGCUGGUCGCGCGCUCUGGGAAGGUAACCCUCCGCUACCCAUUCAGCCAUCCCCAGCGGCUUUUAGGUUGUUACGGAGACUGGCCACGGCGAUGGAGCGACAAGGCCCCGACCUUUGGAACCCUUCAGCUGUGGAUAUAUUGAAAAAUAAACUCCGUCAAACGAUAUCGUCAUGCAUUUCCCUUGAUUUUGAAAAGAGCACCCAUAACGCUCGUUCAGAUGCCAAGCGCCCUAUACAAAAUGAUCAGCAGCCUACUAGCGAAACCCCCAACGGCGACGAUUCCACAGAAGCUACUGUGACAGAAUCCACCCACAAGGCAACAACACAGGCAGAUGUUUGUUUUCCCGAGGUCUUACGAAACCGCAAAAUCCAGCUUGUAUUUGAUGUGUUUUAUUUGGGGGAAGCGCUAUCUAUGCAGAAUUCUGGUCGGCCCCAAGCAGAAGAUGGCAUUUCCUCUAUUGUCGAGCUGGUGAAAAAGGAUAUUGAGUUGGAUGAUCAGGGUCAUCUGGACCUAAUGGUAUGA